AUGAGUGCAACCACUCUCGAAGGUUCUACAAGCCCCGAUGCGCUCGCUGGGCUGCUGGACGACUUCCGGCCAUUCCUCGAGGAGAGCCUGAUUCUGGCAAUCGUGGGGGAUUAUGAUUUAACCACACAAGCCGACGCCGCCAGGGGCACGCUGCAGUUGCUUGCCUCUGACGCCGAAAAGGAAGAGACGUCAACCUUCAACCCCAGCGGCAUUGCCCUUGAUGCUGUCUUGUCAGAGUCUGCGGACCACAGGGCAAGCGUCCUGGGGUCGACAAGGACAGACGAGACACCUUGGCUCUCUUCCGCGACGUCGGAAAGUCCUCCUCCCGACGCCGAGGAUGGGCCUUGGGACGAAGGCCAAGAUGUCCCGGACGACGAAAAAGAGGCAACUCUCAUCGCCAUGUUUCCAGAGAUGAAGGUCUUUGAUGUCAAAUUUGAGCUUCAGCGCGCAAACGGCGACUUUGAAAAGGCCAUGUUAGCCUUGUUGAACAUCCAGUACUUGGAUGAAGCUGGUGAACUGCAAAGGGGGACAGUGGUGGGGACGGAAAGCCCCGGCGCACGAAGCCGGAAGAAGGCCAAAGGCAAGAAAAAGGCUACUGCACCAAGCAACGGCGCAAAGUCUAAUCUUCGUCUUGACGUGGCCUAUAAGCUGAAGCCCGUUUCUUUGGACGAGCCUGACGAAGAAUCUAGCUCAACCGCAUCACCAUUACGAUCUCCAUUAUACAGCCCCGUCUCAUCAGGCUUCGCAUCGCCCACAAGAUCAUCGCCAGCCCCACAGGCUUCCCAACAACGGAAACCCCCAGCCGAUCCUCUAAGCUGGCAGAGAGUCGAGUCGCGAAAGUCCGCAACUCCGAAAAACGCCCCCGCUCUCAUCUCUGGGCUCCUUUCCCAAGAUUCCUCCGCAUCACUCCGCGACGCAGCGGGCCACUCCUUCGACCAGGCCCACAACGCAUGGCGCCGCGGCCGCUCCGACCCGCUCUUCCGCACCGCCGCCGUCGUCUACUCGGAGCGCGGCCACUCCCAGGUCGGCGCGGCGCAGGUCCGCGAGCGCGCCGACUACGAAGCCCUCGUCGACCGCCAGAGCGCCGGCGACCCGGACCUCAUCGACCUGCACGGGGUGCCCGUGCGCGAGGGCGUCGAGAUGGCGCUCGCCAGGACGCGGCGCUGGUGGCGGCGGCUGGUCGAGACGGAGGAGCACGGCGUGCGGGCCGCCGCCCGGCAGAGGCCGUUUGUCGUCGUCACGGGCUCGGGGAACCACAGCGCCGGCGGAGUGUCGCGGCUUCGGCAGUCGGUCGGCGUGGCGCUCGCGCGGGAUGGCUGGUGUGUGGAGGCGCAGACGGCCAAAGUUAAAAUACUUAGACUCUUCACCAUGAUUAACUGUGCUUCGGGAUGCUCUCUCUUCUGCGACUGCGAGGCUCUGGUUCCUCACUACGAGACAGGAGAAACCUGA